AUGAAAAUUCCAGUGGAUAAGCAACUGCUGAUCUAUAUCAGAUAUGUAAAAUCACAGCAAACAAUGCAGUCGAUUACUGAUUUAUUUGGAGUCUGUGAGGCAACUGUAUAUAGUCUUGUACGCAGGAUUUCCUCUGUUAUAUCAACAAAUGCUGAUAACAAAUUCCCUGGAAAUGUCCACUUACUUGGAGAUGCAGCCAUUCUUGAUUGGUUACUUACACCGUUUAAAGACUACGGAAACUUGAAUGAUGACCAAAAGCAUGGACACGCAGAUUGCUAUAGGGAUCCUGGCAAUAGAAGGAAAGAUUAG